AUGAAAAGCCCGGCGUGCUUUGGGGCCCUGGAUAUUGAUAGCCGACGAUGGCGGCAACCCCACAAACAACAGCGCUCCGAAUGUACAGCUGUACCCACACAGAAGAAACAGAAACAGAUAUCCAAAACCUCGGGCCGUGACGUUGCGUUACCCCAGAACACGCCUGUGCUAAAUGGCGGGGAUACCUCCGCCUCUGUCGGAAUGUCGGAAUGUCGGAAUGUAGGCGUCCAAGAAGCUCGCGGAGCAUGGCGCACGCGGAAGACGAUGGCCGCUCUUGCAUUCACAAUCCCGCACCGUACCGGCAGCUUCCUUAAAGGCGGUAUCCCCCUCUCUGGUGAGAAAAGACGGUGGGAGGGGAGGGAGUCUUUUGUUUCUUUCGUACUCCGUACUCGCAUGUCUCCAACAUCGUGUCUUCUGAGCUUCCUUGUCAACGUGAAGGACAAAUGA